UUAGUGGACAAGGUCAAAUACUUUAAAGUGAAGGAGUCUCGUCUUAUUUCUGAGAUUAAGGGAGUGUAAGAGACUAGAUUACCCAAGAGCCUCUGACUAAGACAGAUCUAGAAGAGCAGGAGUUGAAGACAACAUAACGAUAUAAAAAUAGUUGACUAAUAUUUUCCAAAAUGCAUCUCUUGGUCGUAGUGCUCGUUAGCAGUCUCAUGCUCGAGUACGCGGUCGCUCAGGCACCUAUCCCUGACCGACCACCAGGCUUCGCCUACAAACCUGCCCCCGAGGCUCCUGUAGUCUUGGAGGCAUGGGUGGACCUCAUCUGCCCAGAUUCUAAGAAUGCUUGGUUAACCUAUCAAGCAGUAGCCGAUCAUUAUGGACCUGAGAAGGUUCGAUUCUCGGCUCUUAUGUUCCCGCUUCCUUACCAUCGGUCCGCCAUGAUGGCUGCACAGGCCGCGUUUGUAGCGAACGAACUAAACCCAGAACUGACAUAUGCAUUUUUCGACAAUGCCUUCUCAAAACAACCAGCUCUCUCAGAUGAUAAUAUCUUUGACCAAACACAAGCCUACGUCCAAGAGACUUUAGCAGCCUGGGCCGGAGAAGUUGGGUAUGACCAAACUGAAUUUGCAUCUCGCCUCGCAAGGAGUGAUGAUACACAAUGGUUGGCAAGGGUGGAGUUCAAGUAUGGUGGCACACGCGGAGUGUUCGGGACACCCCAGACGUUUGUGAAUGGUGCUCUAGUCUAUUCUGAAGGGACCUGGACAUUGGAUGACUGGAAAACCGUUAUUGAUCCGCUCGUCUCGGGAAACAGUGCCAGUGCUUUAUCCAGCAGCGUCAAAUUGGUCUCCCUAAAUAUCAUCGUAUUUAUGUUGUGCUGCUUUGUUGGAGAGACGGGUCUGAAAUAUUGAAACGUCAUACGUAACAUUAUAGGACUAUUAGACUUGGGGUAUUCAUCUAUAUAAGUCCAAUCCUAGUUUCUAGUGUUAAUAAAUACAUGUAUUCUGAAAAAAUGAAGAAACAGAUAAAAAACGACCAACAAAUCAGACGAAGAGAAUACGGUUAUGAGAUAAUACCCAUAAUAAUAAGAUAAAGACAGAAAUGUUUCGUUAGUAUCUAGGAUUAACAUAUACAUGUACUAAACAUUAGGCUAUAUCAUGAAAUAAUGUAAUUGUAUGUUAUAUAUCAUAUCAUCUCCGGCAGAAGACGAUAUAGUUUUGGAAGGGGACUUUUGUAUAUCUGUAGUUUUAGAUAGUAUAGGAAACAUUAAGACAACAAUCUUCCUCGCUAAUUAACACUAGCAAGAACAUUCAGUUGCAUGUCAUUACAUGUAAUUAAAUCAUAUAGUAUGUGAACUGAAACUUGUAUGUAAUAUGCGAUGACAAGAAAUAAAUUCUACACGCUCUG